AUCGUAGCUAUUUUGCUACUUUUUUCCAACAUCACCUUGUUAAUUACUUCGAACCGCUCAGCCUGAAAAUGUCGUCCACGGAGGAAGGAGGCCGCGCCGUCGGAGCAGUUUUGCACUGACAAAACAAUCAACAACAACAACAACAAUCCCCUAGAGACGAUCAUUCAAAUACCGGGUGCGGACUUCACUCGCAGCAAUAGCUAAUUACGGAAUCUCUAGUCAUUAGACGAAGCUUUCGACGGCGACCAUCUCGACCCCAAAGCCAAACCAUUGAUACAAAGAGUCCCAUCAAACCUUGGCCGUCACGAAGAUUUCCGGAAAUAUUUCAAGCCGAAAGUGAUCUCAAUCGGCCCACUCCACCACGAUGAUGCCGAGCUCCAAGAGUCCGAGAAGCUCAAGCUCAAAUUAGCAGCACAUUUCAUCAAAAAAAUUGGCGUCGAUAUGGAUACCUUGUACAACAACAUGAAGGCAGAGAUGGAUGACUUGAAGAAAUGCUAUGAUCCAAAGGAACUAGAGAAGUAUAGCAACGAAACGAGAAACUGGCUUGGAUCUUCUUCGUUGACGGCUGCGCAAUUUUACAAGCAAUUUAUACGCGUUGCGGUACUUAUGAUGAUUUUUAUGCUGUUUAUGGCCAAUUGUUUAUCAAAAACGAUUUUCUGACAUUUGUGUACUCGGAUCUGUUCUUGUUGGAGAACCAAAAUACCUUUUCGUGUUCUUGAAUUGCUUACAAGCUCGAGCGAUGGUGAACAGUUCAUGAAUGCAAUCAUAAGGUUCAUCGACGACACUGUUAUCACCCCAGCCGAGGACAGUGAAUGGUGGGAGCAUCAAGAAGGAGAGCGAAUUCACUUAUUGCAUCUACUACGAGUAAGACUCCUUUCCAAAAAAGAAAAUCCAUGGUGGUGCAGUUUUCCGUUUUGCAUUGAACACAGAUUUAGCAACGAAGCAAGAACAAAACGGUGCCAUUCACACACCAUUGGUAACGUAAAAGAGCUUAAAAAGGCCGAGAUAUGGUUAAAAGCAAGCCAAACAAGUUGCUUAACCGACAUCAGUUUCAAUAGUAUCUCCUUCGUCGGAAAGUUAUAUUUACCGCCGGUCACCGUCGAUGAUUCAACCAUGAACUUAAUAGCUUACGAAAUGUGUCCGGAUUUCGACAACAAUUUUACCGUCACUUCAUAUAUGUGUUUCCUUGAUUUAUUGAUCGAUGAAGCCGAAAAUGUUAAAGACCUGAGAACCGCCGGUAUACUAUACAACGGAUUGGGGAGUGAUGAAGAAGUGGCUAAGAUUUUCAAUAAGAUGAACACUGAUUUGGUUCCUAGUUCAAAGAUUUACAGUGAGGUUAAACGGAUAAUACAUAAUCAUUGUAAGACUACGUGGAUUAAUCAUGCAGCUCAAGGUUAUCAUACUUAUUUUAGGAGUCCUUGGACAUUUUUGGCAUUAGUGGGUGCCAUUACUGCACUUUUGCUUGGUGCUUUGCAGACAUAUUAUGCCAUACAUCAACCAAAGUUGUUACCUUGCAGAACAUGUCAGUUGGAAUGGUCGAAGCUUAAACUAUUUUAUCGUCAAUUUGGUAGUUUUUUUUAUCAUUUUGAGUCAAGAAUUGCGAUAAUAUAAGCGUUUGUAGUAACCUUUGGUUGUGUAAAAGUCUUGUUGAGUUAAAUGUGGUAUAUAAUGACUUUGCAUGUGGGU